GGGUAGUAUUCUUAUUGACUAUUUUGUUUGACUGGGUAAAUUUAGAAGUAGUAUUGAAUUAUCGUAAUAAAAAAUACAUUAGGUUUAAUUUUGUAAUAAUAAUUUUAAAGUUAUUUACCGCGGUACUAUAGCCGUUGUUUAAGGAUAUGGGUAGCAUAGAUAGAGCUUGCAUAUCAGGAUUUCUUUGUCGUCUUUGCUCCGAAAUGCACAGAAUUGUAAUUCAUAUAUAUGGUGACCAGGGUAGGAAGCUGUGUUUGGUGGAGAAGAUCAACGGGUAUUUGCCAAUUACCAUUUCACCUACGGAUCCCUUGCCUAAAACUAUAUGUGAAACUUGUUUACGAAGAGUGGAGCAACAUUACGAUUUGUUAAUGCGCUUAACGCGAAUAAAGCAAGGAAACUUUAUUCGAAUUAAUCAGACCCAAAAACCAUUGUGUAACGUCGGCGAUGUUUCAAGUACAGAUGUUUCUGAAGAUGAAAUUUGUGAAACCAAUGGUUCUAGAUCAGAGCAAUCAUCCGUUCCGGACUCAAAUACAAUGACUAAUACGGUACAAAUAUCUACAUCCGUUUCAUCUCAAGUGCCAUUGCCUGGUAUUACGCAAGAGUUAACUGAACAUAAUCACCCGUCAUAGAAAUAAUUAUUUUAUGAUAUUUAAAACUAUUUAAAAAAAAAAAUACGUUGACGUAGUUGCAAACUUCCCAAAUCGAAAAUAAAACUACUAUUUUCACCAUCAAA